GCAUAAUUUUUGGAAAAAUUCAUAUUUUGCGACUUAUUUUGUUAAAGAUACACCCAUACGUACACACCUGAACAUUUAUUCAUAAUUCAAAAAAGGAAAUUAACAGCAAUUAAGAGCACACAAUGAAUGAUUUGCAUCCUUCCAAACCAUCAGCGGAAAGACUCGAAUCAACUAUGAAUACUGCCAAACACAUUGAGCAAGUCAUCGCUCGUGAUCAGGAACAGGUUGAUCUAGCUACUCUAUUACCAAGUGGGCCAUCCAGCAAUUACAUGGCUCCUUUGCUUUCAGCUCACGAUGAGUUCAAACUCACAAACGAGAUAAGAAUUCCUUCUAGGCUGACAAAUAGGGUUACUGGUGCACAGUGCUAUACAAAAUGUGGUGUAUUUCCAGAGAUUAAUAGAGCUUGGAUUGCAAUUGAUAACAAUCUUUAUAUUUGGAGUCUUACAGACGCAAAUGAAGUAUAUGAAUAUUCUGAUCAAGAUCAGAUUAUUGUCAAUUGUGCCCUUGUUAAGCCAAGACCUAACAUUUUUCAAGAUCAUAUCAAGUAUCUUUUGGUGGUAUCGACCCCACUUCAAGUCAUUCUGCUCGCAGUUGAAGUCAAUGAAGCACCUAUGAGAAUCAAUCUUUAUGCUACAAAUCUGCAAGUCUCCUCAGAUGACGAGCAGAUGAAGCAUAUAGAAGGUACAGACGAUGGACGUAUUUUUAUGAUUGGACGUAGAGGUUCCUUAUACGAAGCGUAUUACGAUGACUCUUGGGCUGGAAAACAAUUAAAAUUGAUCAACAAGACUAGCCGCUUUUUGGAUGCAAUAUUACCUACUUAUACACCCAGAUUCCUUCGGCCAGAAGCAGCACAGCCGAUCAAAUCGAUGGCAAUUGACAAUGAGCGAAAAGUGUUAUACCUACUUUAUGAAAACAAUGCAAUUGAGGUUGUUUAUUUAGGAGGCAGUUUCAGAUCAUUUAGAUCCAUUCACAAACAUGUCACAAUUGCGGAUAAUGCUAUCCAAAUGUGUCGACAGCAUUCAAAAAUAUUCAAUGCAUCAGAUUUUAUCAUCGAUUCUAUCCACAUUGUUUCAGAGAAGGAAUCAAAAAAGGCCCAUCUAAUGGCAAUAACCACCGCUGGAUUUCGAUUAUAUUUUACUCACAGGAAAGAUUCUUUCCGUUACACUCCACCUAAUAUAUCUAUUUCAACAACGACAACAAAUGUUUCUUUGGAACCAAAUACCCUAGAGUUAGGAUUUAUUCGAAUUCCACCACCAGAGCCGCCUCGUUCUGCUGGCGAUUACGCUCUCAUGUAUACCAACACCUAUUACGAUUGCGGUAUCGCUAUUUCUAUUAAUCCAAAAAACGAAGAGUUCAACACCAUUCGCAUAACUGCAACAGCAGCUAAGAAGCCUGCAUCAAUGCCUACUCCAGGUCAACCGCAAUCCAAUACAAGCAGUUCCUUACAACCAUAUUUAGAAACAGAUAUUGCCCUUGAUUUAAAAGCUCGAACUGUUGUUACUGUCACAGAGGACAAUCGUGAACGUUACGGAAAGCAUUAUCUGAAAGAAAUUUCUCAGCAAUUAGCAGAUCCUCCUCGUCGCUUUAUUAUCUUAACGACUGAAGCCGUUCUAUUUUACACAAAGUUAAGGCCCGUCGAUAUAUUACAUGAUAUUAUUGUCGAAACACGUGGACAACCACUAGCUGUUAAUGCAAAGGCGAUUCAGGCAUUUUUUGAGCGCUACGGUCAAGUAGAAGCCUGUGCUAUGUGUUUAUCCAUUGUUUGUGCUAGUGAUAUUUAUGAAGUGGUUGCCAAAGCCUCUGAAUUAUUUUUCGAGUUUGGCGGUGUACCUACAGCUUCAGUGUCAACGCAAAUCACUGGCAAUCAUUUAGGUAGAGUGAUUGGACAAACAGAUGUUACAUAUAGUGGAAAGCAUGAUGGAUUUCUACUUUACUUGGCCCGUAUCAUGUCUCCUGCGUGGAAACUGAAAGCAUUUAUUGAUUGUGGAGACAAUAUAACUGCUCAGAAAUUAUUUACACAAGCACAAAGCACACUUUUCAAUACACAAAUGAAUCUCAAAAAAUUGAAAGCAUUUGUCGAAAGCAACCCUAAUUUCUAUGAUACGAAUGAUUUGUCUGAUACCAAAAUUCAAUUGAAUCGAAAUACUGUACUACUAGAACUGGCUGAACAAAAAUCAGUCCAUGAAAAUUAUCUGCUACUUAUACAAAGCAUUGAAGCGAUUGCUUUCAUACAAUUCGUCUUGGAUUCAAAUGUUCAACAAAUCAGUAGUGACUACCUUACGCCUGAUCAACAAAAAAAUGUGCAAGACUUGGACCUUAAUACAAUCCUUACUAACCCUAAAGGUCGCGAAUUAACUCGUGAGCUUGUUAUUGCUGCUAUUGUAAAGUAUGCCUCAAGUCACAACCAUGCAGGUUUCGAUAUUGUUAGCAGGCAUCUAGAAAAGUUUUGCAGCUCAUUUUUCGGACAAAGUGAUAUGCUAUUCUUCAAGGGUAUAGAAUAUGUUAGACAGGCAUUGUGCGAAGAAACAGAUUACGAAAUGGGAUAUUCGUUGAAACAGUCAUUAUAUCACCUAAAGAUGACCGCUGAUACAAUCACUGAUCAGAAAUUGAAUGCUAUUGGAGACGUUUACCUGAAGUGCGCUUUUCAUGCUGGUGCUAUAGAACUUGCUCUUGAACGCGCACGACGAGUCGAUCCCCAAAAUCAGGGUUUGAUUGCAUAUAAAUCCAUGCAUUCCAGGAACAGCGAUAUUCCAACUUCGGGCACACCUGAUGAAUCGAGUCACCGCUUUUUGGAUGCCCGUGCCCAAUCCUAUCAAUUUAUUUUCACAGUUUUGAAUGAUGCAGACUUGAUAAAACUUCACAACCGUGUUCCUGAAGGUAGACUUCCUAUUGCCGAUAUCAACCUUUACAUCAAGAAUCUAUAUGAUACAGCAUUCCAAAGUGAUGAUGAACUUUUCCAUUAUUGUUUGUACGAUUGGUUUCAACAGAAAAACAGACUGGACGAGCUUAUUCCACUUAAUUCACCUCAUCUGAUACCUUAUUUCAUGACUUAUGUAAAAGAUCGCAAGAUUGGUCUCGACUUUCUUUGGCGCUAUUAUCGUAUUCACAGCAAUUAUAUUGAAGCUGCGAGGUGUUUGGAAGAAUUGGCUUCUCUGCCAGAUCCUAGAAUAACACAAAGCUUGCGCGUGGAAUAUAUGGCUCAUGCGUUAGUCAAUGUGCGAUGUGUAGAAGUCCAGCCUCCAAACAUCGACUUGGCUGCUUAUACACAACAAUUAGAGCAACAACUUGAAGAGAUAAGAACACGUAAAAACGAAUGA